GCUAUAAAUUAUGCGCGAGUGGUAGGGUGAGCUUUCAGUUGAUUUCCGGCAGUGGCGCGUUCAACUUUGCAAUUCUAAACACAAUUGACUAGCGAAUUAUUAUAUUUUUAUUACUGUGUGCAAAAAAAUUCAAAUUACUUUAACGAUAACAUUUUGAGUAUAAACAAAUCGAUAAUUAAAUUGUGUCAAACAGCAAUACAAAAGAUUUAUAUAUAUAUUGAACUAAAUUAUUACUACUUACCACCACAGUGUUUACGAAAACCUGAAGAGAGAUAAAAAAAUAAUUGUUAAUAAUUAAAAUAAUAUAUAAAUUUAUUUGGCUUGAAAAAUAAUGCUGCGAGAAAUGAGUCCACAACUAAGAACGAGUGUCUUCGCUGCACUUUUGCUGCUGAUUUGCCACUUGACAGCGGCGCAAGUGCCCUUUCCACGCAGUUGUCCAGAAGUAAAAGUGCCUUCCGACUUUAACGCCGAUGCUUACAUGGGCACUUGGUAUGAGUACGCCAAAUAUCCGCACAUCUUUGAGAUCGGUAAGCGUUGUAUGUUUGCACGUACACCAACAAAGGCAACAAUACAAUCGGUGUG